AUGUCUGAAAAGGAGCAACCGAAAAUUGAGCUUCCUAAAACGCCUAAACCCUCUCCGAGAUUCUGCCAAUGCUCCAGCCUCAUUUUCGUGAUCCUCCUUGCUGCCAUUGGACUGGCCAUUUGGCUGGAGUACUGUGUCCCUUCUAGUAUCGAUCCGAUUGAGUUCCAUCUCCCCCCACCACCGCAGCUCUCGGGCAAGUUCAUGCUGAAUAACCGGCUCUCGGCGGUUGAGGAGAUGUUUGCUGGAGCUUUCGACGGUCCAGUGUCAACGGCCUUCGUCAGAGGAAUGCAAUACACUGGAACCGCCAACGGAACCCUUGUGAGAACCGAUGCUAAAGGAGCGCACAUUUACGGUCCCCUUGUUGCCAGUUGCGAAAAUUCGCCGUGCAGUCGGCCACUGGGACUUCGAUAUGACGCCCCAAGAAAUCGUCUGGUGAUAGCUGACGCCUAUCUGGGCGUCUGCAGCGUUGACCAGACCACAGGUGUGGUACAAAGGAUUUUCCCGUUUCCCGGAGACACUUCCUUCAAGGUCACUUUCUUCUUUGACCUUGACGUGCUCCCAGACGGCAGGAUUGUCGUCUCUGAGGUCAGCACGAAAUACGCCCUGCACGAAUUCACCAAAAACGUGGUAGAGGGACGACCAACUGGACAUCUUCUGCUUAUCGAUCCGGUGAAGAGGAAGUGGCAAGUGUUGAUGUCGGGCCUCUACUUGGCUACCGGGGUCCAACUCCACACAGAUGGCCGAUCCGUGCUGCUGGGCGAGAGUGGAAUGUCCCGCGUGUGGCGAAUCGCCCUCGACGGCUCAGGUGCCUCCCAAUUUGGACCCAUUCUACCGGGACAUCCUACGAAUGUGAGGGCGUCACCCCGAGGGGGCUAUUGGGUACCAAUGACCGUGUCCAGACACAAGAGCGCACCGCAUAUGCUGGACCUGCUUGGCCGAUGGCCAAAACUGCGGGCAAACAUUUUCAAGGUGAGUUCCAGUAGCCGAUAG